AUGGAGCUCUGAUCUAGAAACAUCGGAACAAAAAUGGCGCCCAAGCUCCGAUUUUUGCUUCUCCCACGACUCAUGUUUUUGUCUUUCCUUCUACUCCUCUUGUAUUCUGUCCUUCUCCGCCGCCCUACCACCUCGCCGCCCGCCUCUUCUCCACCGUGCGACCUCUUUUCCGGCCGAUGGGUGUUCCAACCGGACAACCCGAAACCGCUGUAUGACGAGACUUGCCCGUUCCACAGAAACGCAUGGAACUGCAUAAGGAACAAGCGGGAAAACAUGGGUCGUCUCAAUUCGUGGAGAUGGGUCCCCAACGGCUGCGGGUUGAGCCGAAUCGACCCCGCCCGAUUUCUGGGGCUGAUUAGGAAUAUGAAUAUAGGGUUCGUAGGGGAUUCUCUGAACGAGAAUUUCUUGGUCUCGUUUCUAUGUAUACUUAAAGUGGCGGAUCCGGGUGCUAAGAAGUGGAAGAAGAAAAAGGCUUGGCGAGGAGCUUACUUCCCUAAGUUCAAUGUCACUGUUGCUUAUCACAGAGCUGUUCUUCUCGCCAAAUAUCAGUGGCAGCCGAAACCAUUUGCAGACACUGUUCAAGACGGUGUGAAAGGAAUAUAUCGGGUGGAUGUAGAUACUCCUGCAGAUGAUUGGGUCAAUAUCACUAGCUUCUACGAUGUCCUCAUUUUUAAUACCGGCCAUUGGUGGGGUUAUGAUAAGUUCCCUAAAGAGACGAUGCCUCUUGUCUUCUAUAGCAAGGGAAGGCCUAUUGAUCCUCCUUUAGAGAUAUCCCAAGGCUUUGAGGUAGUUCUUGAACAUAUGGUAUCCCAUAUCCAAAGAAAAGUUCCAGCCAAGACCCUGAAAUUCUGGCGCUUGCAAUCACCGAGGCACUUUUAUGGUGGUGAAUGGAACCAGAAUGGGAGUUGUUUGUUCGAUAAGCCACUUGAUGAAAACGAGCUUGACUUGUGGUUUGAUCCCAGCAACAACGGAGUGAACAAAGAAGCGAGACGUCUUAACCAUUUCAUCAAGAACGCGUUACAAGGGACGAAUAUCAAGUUACUCGAUCUGACCCGUCUGAGCGAGUUCAGGGCAGAUGCUCAUCCUGCUAUUUGGUUGGGGAAGCAGGAUGCCGUCGCGAUAUGGGGACAGGACUGUAUGCACUGGUGCCUGCCCGGUGUUCCUGAUACAUGGGUCGACAUCUUGGCCAAACUCAUUCUCAAUGACUUGGGAACUGAGUGAGGGAUGAAUCCAGAUCAUCCUUGCUUGGACUGUCUGAAAAGAACAUUACUUUGGACAAUCGAAACCAGAAACUGAAAGAUUUCCCAUUUGGAUUCCAUUGUAAAUGGCUCUGUGUUGAUGAGAUUAUACCAUUUCUUUGUUUAUUUGUUGCUUCAAUAGUAACCAUUGGAGUAUUUUCUGAGUUC